UGGUCGCUUUUUUUUGACUUGCCAACGCGAACGCUUGAAUCACAUGAACACCAAAAUCAACUCGAAAGUGUGCAGAAAGAUAUUGUAGCGCAUGCUGCAAUACUGCGAAUAGUAUUUCUCCAAUCUCUCUUCGGGUUCCUCUGGCGAGUGCCUUCGCCAUGUCGUGGAAGAUUGCGGGAGCAUGUGGUUGUGUGGCCGUAUCGGCAUUCGUCGGCUACUGUGUCUAUUUUGAUAGAAAGCGCCGCAGUCAUCCGGACUACAAAAAGAAUAUCCUUAUACGUCGAAAAACUGCAAAGAAUGAACCUGAUGUCGGAAGAGAAAAGUUUUUCAUGCAGGAAGUCAAGCAAGCUGAAGACUGCUUAAUGCAAGGUAACUUUGACGAUGCUAUUGAGCACUUGGUGAGUGCCCUCGGCGUUACAGCCAACCCCACACAAGUGCUGGGAGCCCUGUCGCACAGCCUGCCAGCCCCGAUCUUCCAGGCUCUGAUCCAGAGAUUGCCAGCGAGCUACCUGAGCGGUGCUGGUGGUGGUAUGGGUGGAAUGGGUGGCCCAGGUGGUAUGGGUGGUAUGGGCGGUAUGCCUGGUGCCAGUGCUGGCGGAGCUGAUGACUUUGAUGAUCCCGGUAUAGACUAAAAUAUUUUUGUUUUUUUUGUUGAAAAUUUAAUAGUAAUACCACGAGCGUCAUGCAACCUGGCUCCACUCAAGUGCGAGCUUUGUACAUACUUUUAGGGUAUCUUUUCUUUUGACCUCUGUGUAUUUAAGUUGUACAGCUAUUCGGUUCUUUUUUAUCUUGUUUGUUCUGUAAGAGAACUGCCAUCGAACUGAAAGUUCAGUGAUGCCUGUGCCAGGUUGUAAGCUUA